CCGUAACUACCUACCCAAGACAUCAUCAAGCGAGAAGAGUUAUUCAGCCUCAGCCUCGGCGCGACUUCAGCUUACUAUCUCUGUCUUCUCUGAAUCGAGAUGGACCGGAUACCACCAGAGAUACUCUUACAUGUCUUCGAUUUCCUCGAUGACCCGGCUCCGUCGCAAGUGCGGCUUCGCGACCAGCCGAGCGACGACAUGCUGGAUGCUAAGUCUUUAUAUUCGCAACCCCUCAAGACAGUAUCCCUCAUUUGCAAGACCUGGAGGUCUCUUGUACUCCCUAGCCUGUUCCGUCAUAUCUUAUGGAGACCCAAGAUAUCCUCCCUCAGCGCUUUCACAUUGAACCCGAUACCACUUCUACGCUUCUUGGAAGACAAUCGGCUGGACCGCGCCGUAGCGACUUUUACUAUGAUUGUCGACUUCGUAGAUAGGGAUGCUAGUGCCAAGCAAAUCACUCCUGAGAUACGCUCUGUCGACCUGGAAUGGUUAUGGGACCAGCUAUUCUCCGUCAUCGACCCUCUAAGAUUCACCAUCAUUACUCCUCCCAAUACUCUCGCUUCCUUCUUAUCUCGUAUGCUCUUCUUAGACGACGCCUGGUCAUUUAGCAUUCCUUAUCAUAUUCUCUCUCUCGCUCGAACUACUAGGCAUUCACAUGGCAAGUUGAAUACGCAUACAGAAUCAUCUAAUCCGGAUAUUCAUCCCUCUUCGUCACAGCACCAGCCUUCUACGGCAACAAUCCAGGUGGCUUCGGCAGGUAUCCCCACCACCUCGUGUUCGAUCCGCUGUAGAAGACCACCGCCAUGUCCACUCUUUACUGUUCGUCCUUGGACUUCACUUCUCCUGAAUGAAGGUUCGUCUACUAGGGUUUAUCGAACAUAUGAGUUCUUUUUACGGCGACCACCGUCCAUGCUUGGGGCCCUCCUUGGAUGCGAGGAACACCCUAACGACACCCCGCUUAUACCGCCUACUAUCAUUGACUUCAAUUACAUCGCCAUAUUCCCCCUAUCAUCUCACUUUGAGAUGCUACUCCAGAACCUACCCAAACUUGACCGUCUCUUUGUGCAGUUGACUCCCGGGCCUGAAAAUCGCAUCUUAGAGGCGGAAGAUGAAAUGAAGCACAUAGAUCCGGCGGACCUCUGGAUGGAGCGCAAUACGGCAUACAGCUCCCUGAUGCGCGAGCUUACAUUCGACGCCGACCCCGCGGUGUACCCAAGAAACUGGGCGUCGCUACGAGUUUUCGAGAGCGGCGACGCGGCAGACCACGAAGCCUGGGAUAUGGCCGUGCAAUUUGUCGAGCGCAGUGGCGCUAAAGGCUGGAAGGUAGAACGGCCAGGCGUUUUUGUCAAGGAGGACGAAGAGGGAAAUUACCCUAACACGGACCGGGAAGUUGAUGGUCAUGUUGGACCACCAAUCUCCGCGGGGGAACCCAUUUUAGAUCGCUAAGGCGAUUCGCCUUUAAUGGUGUCGCUCGCCUGCCAUUCUCUAGCUUAUGGUUGUAUAUGCACAAUACUCAGCCGCCCAUCGUACACGGCGGAAACCAAUAGCCAUACCUCGAUCUCGGAUAACAAAUAGGAGCCCAUCGUUGGAAUGGCGCCUUUUAAAUGUUUAAUACAUAUGUACUUAUACACCUAGUCACAACAAAGAUAUAUUUAGAACGGUAGGGGAUCACUGAUAAACACGAGGGUAUGGGGAACUAUUACACUUGUACAAAAUCGAAGAAUACAG